UGCUUGUUGAUCUCAUGCUUCCGAUCAACAGGUGGGUGGGUGUGUGGCCAAAAAGCAGUCUAACAGGUUAAACCAACCUCCACAGAUUCAAUUGUUCCUCAUCGGAGACUUUUCUGCGCCUGAUGUCCUGCUCUGUUCUUCCAUUAACUUCUAUCCGCAGUUUGUUUUAGUUUGUUUCUAUCUGAGGUGACUUAAACCAGGAGACCAGGUAGGAUAUGUCACAACAAGUCCCAGCAUGACUGAUCAAGUGGAAAGGUGCGCACAUGGCGCGGCGCUGGACGAGGAAGUGAGGCCGAACCGACCUGCGCUGUGAGGAGAUAACUGUGAGGAGAAUGGACGAGUUUCGGUUUGUCAAAACUAAGGAAUCCUACAUGAAAGAGCCGUUUAGGGGUGUUGUUUGCGCUCUCUUGCGCCAAUGAACGCGCAAAUGUCGGUGGCGCUGUGGCGCGGCGCGGCACUGCUGCUCUGCUGCGCCUGUUUGUGCGCCGCUGUGGAGGAAGAGUGUGUCCUCGGUAUAGUGGGGAACCCGGUGUUACUGCCCUGCCUUUACCCAGACCUAAGCUCAUUUCUCAACUUCUCUAUCGAGUGGAGAAGAAACGAUGAAGCUGUGCUCAGAUCACUGUGGAAAGAGGAUGGGGACGUGGAGACAUGGAGCUUGAAUCAUGUCAGCAUUUCCACUGAUGUACUUUCCACUGGAGACCUUUCUCUCACGCUGCCAUCUGCUCAUCCCAAACUGGACAGGAUGAUGGGCUUUGGUCCGUCUAGCGGCUUCACUCCAGCAGGUCUCGGUCCUAUGCCUGGAUCAGACACUUGGGAAACUCAGUCAGUCCAGUGCAGCACAGCAAGUUUCAGCCCCCCCGAAGUGAUGAAGGUGCCUUCAGAAGAAAAUUCGACCACCUACCUGUGUCACUCCUCAGGGGGCUACCCCCAGCCUCUAGUUCACUGGAUCAUCAAUGACAGCCAGGAGCCCCCCAAUGGCUCAGUGGAAACCCAGGCGUUGAUUGACUCCCAUCUGUACAACCUAACAAGCCACCUGACCCUCAACUUCUCCAGCCCUGCCACCGUCUCAUGCACCAUUGAGAAUCAGUCCAUGAAUGAAACGCUGACAUCCAAAUACGGAGAGACCCCCAAGGUGAGGCGGGCGUCAGAGGGCAUGUGGAUCUUCAGCACCGUCCUGUGCGUGGUGGUCGCCCUCAUGGUGAUAGCCGGGUUGUGUUAUCAGAUUAACCUGGACAAGAUUAGUAAGAGGAGGAAGAAGGAAUUUGAGAAACCACAUAGAGGAAGACGACAGCGGUACAAGCAGGCAGCCGAGGUGAUGAUGGAGGAAUCAAAGGAGACUGACGUGUGACAAAAGGACAAAGGGACAAAAAAAAACCACCUGAUCCACCGUCAAUUUUUACUGCAAGUCCAAAGAAGCACUGAUGU